UUUAUUUGUUUUUUAAUUCGUUUUUUGAGCAAAAUACGAAAAGUUGACGGCGUCAAGUGACAUAGCAAUUCCUCUCUCUUGAACGAGGCAGAAGAACAAAAAAGAUGGCGGGCCUAAGCGCCUAUCGAGAUCAACACUUCAAGGGAUCAAGAGCUGAACUAGAAACAAAGCUAGAAGCAAGUACGACAUUGUACAUUGGAAAUCUCUCAUUUUACACUACAGAGGAACAGGUAUACGAACUUUUCACAAGGGCUGGAGAGAUGAAACGAAUUAUAAUGGGUUUAGACAGAGUUAAGAAAACACCAUGUGGCUUUUGUUUUGUUGAGUAUUAUACAAGAGAAGAUGCAGAAAACUGUAUCAGGUAUGUCAGUGGUACAAGACUUGAUGACAGAGUUAUUAGAGUUGACUGGGAUGCUGGCUUUCAGGAAGGUAGACAGUAUGGAAGAGGCAGAAGUGGAGGUCAAGUCAGAGAUGAAUACAGAAAAGAAUUUGAUCCUGGAAGGGGUGGUUUUGGUCGCUUGAUGCAGAUGAAGCUUGGAGUAACAGAUAUGAUGACAACACCAUAAGUUCUUAUCCUAAUCAAACUAUGAAUGUUCUGUAACCAAACAAAUGGUAGACAAUUAGCUACGUGCAGUGCCAUACCACCAAAAGACUACAACAGGUGUCAAACAAACUGAUAGUAGUAACUUUUUUAUGUUAGUCAGUCAAACUUGUAACCCACUGUACUAGUUUUAUCAUUUGUGUCAUUUUAAUGAUGUGGAUAAUGAUCCUAAA